AACAAGCCCUGUUGGAACAUAGUCGCCAUAGUUCAGCCCAAUGUCUGCCUGGAAUUCACUAAGCAAGUCCAUCAAGGAGGUCCGAGUUCACUUUUGCCAAACCUCUCCUGCCAGCAAAGGUUUGAAGCAAUUCGUCGCUGAGAACUACACCGGCAUUAAGCAAGCAAACCCCAACUUGCCAUUCCUUAUCCGUGAAGCCAACGGUGUCCAGCCCCGCAUUUUCGCUCGCUUCGACAAGGGUGUUGAACGCAAGGUUAACCUUGAAAACGCUAGCGUUCAAGAUGUCAAGAACGCCUUGGAAAACCUCGCCAAAUUAAACUAGUUGUAAUUAGACCGCCUCUCACUGUAGACCAGACAUUAAAACAAAACUCAAUAUCAAAAAAACUAACAGCUUUGAAUGCCUUCAACCGAAGGAGAAAAGUG